UUUUAAUCACGUGAUUUGUGUACUUCCCCUGACUCGAUUUGUUACAUGAAGUGUAGAUAAUAGUAUCUUAAAGUUAGCAUUUUUAAUAAUUUUGACAAAGUUAUUAUUGGAUAAAUAGAUUGUAUAUUGAUAUAAAUGAAAUAAAUUAUAUUUGUAUGCUUGUCUUAAUAAAUGUAAAAAUAUAAUGUAUUAUUUCAAUCCUUUGGCUCAGGUUAGUUUAAUUGGACAAUCUGCAUCAUACAUUUGGGCAUCAAUUGCAACAGUACCAAGGCAAUUAGGAUUGACACCAAAAGCAGAAUUACAAAUGUCUCCUUUGUGGAAGUUAGCUGCAAAUGCAGGUCCAUUUGUUAAAAUCGCUGCUUUGAAUGGUGCUGCAGCAGUAAUACUUGGAGCUUAUGGUUCUCAUAAAUUGUUAGAAAAAGAUCAAAAACAAGUAUUUGAAACUGCAAGUCGUUAUCAUUUUAUUCAUACUUUAGCUAUGUUAGGAUUACCUUUUUGUAGAGCACGUUACUUGGCUGCGACGUUUCUACUUUCUGGAAUAGUACUGUUCUGUGGAACUUGUUAUUAUUCUGCAUUUACUGGCGAUAAAAAAUAUAAUAAACUAACACCAAUAGGUGGAAUAUGUUUCAUAGUAGGAUGGUUAAGCAUGUGUAUUUAAGAUGUUAAAAAACAUAAGAAUAUUAUAAUAUAUGUGAAGAAAUUAAUAUAAAUAAAACAAAAUUUCUAACUAUUUUAUACA